UUCCCUGGUCAAUUGGGACAGCCCUAGGGGGUCUCUCCUGCCUCCAACCUGAGGAGCCCUGAAGGAGGACUUGGGCCCUGCCCACUCAUAAAAUAUAAAUAUCAAAAUAUAAACAGAUUAUUAUCAAAUUAGGUGAUCACAAAAUCCAUAUUCUGAAGUUUUACCACUAGCCCAAUGUUCCUCUACUAAAAAGAUAAUCAGUCUUCUUUAUUGUACUUUCUGAACGUGACUAAUGCGGAAAUAUGUUUUGCAUGACUCCAUAUAUAAAUGGGUAUCGAAUUUCUUGCCUUUUCAAUGGAUUAAGGUGGAACUGAAGAGAGGGAGAGAAUUUGGAAUGGAAAAUAAAAUGACAAAACUAUGUAAUAGGAAAAAAGAUUGUACUUUUUUACGUAAAGACCCCCAAAUAAUUUUAUCCCCAUUCCAAAAUUAUAUAGCUACUUAGCAUAGUAUCCUAUAGGACUAUACUUAAGUUUUGAGAAGACAGUUUUUAUUUUAAAACAACAUGAAAGGUAGAAGUGUAUAAAAGUGGAAAUAGGGAGAAUAGAUGGGAAAGAGAGCAUGGAGCUUAUAUUCUCUUCUGAUUUUAAUUGUUUUAUUUUUUUCUCUUCUCCAAUACCCAUCAUGGGUUCUUCCUCUUAACAACAUAGACAUGAGCCAUGUUUCAGAAGAUAUCUUUCUACAAGACAUCUGAGCAAGGCUCAAUCCCUCUUUCAACACCACCCAAGGCUGGAUAUUGAUGCUGGAGAACCACCACCACUCCAUCAAGCCUGUGCUUGCCAUGAUAUCUCUACCCUUCAACUACUACUUUACUUUGGUGCUGAUCCCACUUACCAGGACUGCCAUGGGAAUAUUGUUGUGCAUGCUGCUGUUCUUCAAGGUCCUAGUGCCUACAAGGACUUCUUGCCUCCGAUGACAAAAUGUCCCACUUCCAUGAAAAUGAAGGAUAAACAAGGAGAGACCUGAGGGGAACUUCUGGGCUGGAAAACCUCUCCAGAGAGUAUUUGUAGAAAUGAGGAAGAAUCUUAUAAAGAGAGAAAAUGGAGACAAAAGCUUCAGGAGGAACUAGAGGAUUAGUGGCAGGAGAUGCUGGGGAGGUUUGAAGUGUCUGGUCCAAGAACCUGCCCAGAAAUAACGACCUCAACAAGCAACAGAGAGAGUCCAGCAUCCAAAAAAAAAUGUAUGUCAGCCUCCUACCAUGCUGGCAACAAGAAAAUGAAUGUCAGCUAUGCCAAGAGCAAGCCCAGCCAAGGAAGAGAUGAGGGAAAGCGAACUAAGAAUGGCCAGGAAGCCAGGGGGCAUUGUAGAGGAGACUGUAACAGGACAAAGCCCAAGAGAAACCUCACCAAGAGAGGGAACAGAUUUUGGUGUUUGGGAGCUAUACCCUGGCACUGCCUUGGAAGGAAGGUCCCUGAGGCAAUGGCAGCAUCCUAGUAGCUGGGGACCCCACCCACAGAUUGGAGAAUCUUAAGGAAAUAUUUGAGGGUCCAGCAGGUUCAGUGGCAUCCUGACCGAUGCCUACAGAGAUUUGGGGGCCAAAUUGAGGCCAAAGAAAGGGAAAAAGUAAUAGAAAUUGUGACAGCUCUGUCUCAAGUCCUCAGUCAAUAUGCAGAAGGCCUAAAAUGAUCUGGAAGAAAAAGAGAAUGAGUACAUUUAAUAUAAAUAAUGAAAACCACAAGAUAAGGACAGAGAAUAAGGACAAAAUAUGGAACCUGGAAUAAGGAAAAAAUUGAGUAUGGAACUGUAGGAAAAGUUGAUACCUGAAUGAGGACAAAUUGUGGGUUAGAGAUAAAAACUGAGCUGGAGCAGUGGUGGGAGUUACUACCACUAAAGUCCCUUUUCUUCCUACUCAUUUCCUAAUAAAAUAUAGUUCCCCAUCUUA